AUGUCCAGGUCACCUUUUUGCCCUGCGAAGGACCAGAUCUGUCGACGGUGCAGAAAAACCGGCCAUUUCGAAAAUGUUUGUCGUAAACAACCUGAGUCACGAUCAUCGGCUCCACCGAAGAAAGUACAAAUAGUCGAAAAUGUACAAGAUGACAUCUAUGAUUCACCACAACCGACACCGCAACCGGUACAGCAGCCGGAUCCGCAGCCGAUGACUCAUCGCACCGCUGCUGAAAGAAAAGUUUACUAUACCUUCUACACUGGAGGUAAUACGAAUGUAUUCGAUUGUACGGUUGGGGGAGUGAAGAUCGACAUGUUCAUCGAUUCUGGAUCAGAUGUGAACUUGGUCACAUCCGAUGCCUGGGAAAAAUUAAAAGCACAACAGGUUGUUGUUUCAAAAUGUGAACGUGGCAGCAGUAAGAUAUUGAAAGCAUACGCAUCAAGUGAACCACUCACUAUUCUGGGAACCUUUCAAGCGGAAAUCAAUGCGGAAUUUCUGGUCAUUAGGAAUGGACAGCGUAACCUGCUUGGCGAUACUACUUCGAAGGAGUUAGGAAUCCUGAAGAUUGGGUUGGAGUCGAACCGAGUUACGGAUGAUAACAACCGCGUCUCUCCAUUUUCUAAAAUCGUCGAUACUAAGGUACGAAUUUCUAUGGACCCAUCAUUCACUCCAGUCUUCCAGCCGCUAAGACGAAUCCCGAUUCCUCUAGAAGGAGCGGUUAAUCAGAAGCUUGAUGAAUUGCUACGCAGGGACAUAAUAGAACCGAAGGAAGGUCCAGCAAGCUGGGUAUCACCACUGGUGGUCGCCAACAAAGCAAACGGUACCAUUCGCCUAUGUGUUGAUUUACGCCGUGUCAAUCAAGCCGUUAUUCGCGAAAGACAUCCUAUGCCAGUUAUUGAUGUGGUUUUGGCGAAAAUAGGAAGAGGAAAAGUUUGGAGCGUCCUUGAUGUUAAGGAUGCAUUCUUCCUAUUGGAAUUAGAAGAAGAAUCAAGAAAUAUUGUGACGUUUAUCACACACCGUGGGCUGUACCGUUUCAAACGGCUACCGUUCGGGCUUGUAUCAGCCCCAGAGAUUUUUCAGCGAAAAAUUGAUGAAAUACUGGCCGACUGCGAAGGUAUAUAUUGGUAUCUGGACGACAUUGGGGUAGAAGGCAGUACAAUUGAGGAACACGAUGCGAGACUGGAAAAGGUAGAUUUCUGA